AUGGUAGUAACUUGUUUGCAAGCCGGAGAGGAGGAGGAAGAGGCGGCGGCGGCGAUUGGUUUGCGCCACAGAGCGAUCGCCGAGUCGAGCCCCGACGGAGAGGAGAACCGAAGCGAGCGAAGGGGAGAGGCCGGGGCCGGGCGGCUCCGGUCCAUUCCGCCGGUCCGUUCCUCGCUCGCAACUCCCCGGCCGCGCCGAGGAGCCCGUUCCCUUCCGCCACGGCGCGCCCCGCUCCGCUUUCCCCCCGCUGCGGGGGUGGAGACGGGCAGGAGACCCGCCGGGGAGGGCUGUAAUCCUCUCAUCUUUUCGAGGGGGGGUCGAACCCCCCGCUCCGCCGCUCCCGGGACCGUUUGGAGGGAAGGCGGCGAGCGCGGCGGCGGCGGCGGCGGCGGCGAUGCUCCGGACCUGACCGGCGCCUCCGCCUCUCCGCCCAAGUCCGCGCCCCGGAGGUCUGCUUGCACCUGGCCCGGCUCACCUGUUACCUCCCCGGUUUUUAGAUCUCUCGGAAGAACUUCUCGGCGGCUUCAGCGCCCCCGUCCCCGGCCGCGGGAGGGAAUCGGCUCGUGGCACCGGGGCAAACCGACGGCCACCCUCUGCCUCACCAUGGGCUGGAUCGACCAGGUGACUGCGCUGGUCUUGGGAGUACUCCUGCUGGCCGAAAAAGACCGCUGCCAACACGCCACGAAAAACGUGCCGCGGCUGAAAUUAUCCUACAAAGAAAUGUACGAAUCUAGCAAUAUAGCUACUUUCCAUGGAGUGGUCAAUAGCUCUAGUUACCAUACAUUCCUUUUGGAUGAGGAACGGAGUAGACUUUAUGUUGGAGCAAAGGAUCACAUAUUUUCUUUCAACCUAGUCAACAUCAAGGAUUUUCAAACGAUUGCUUGGCCUGUGUCUCACAGCCGUCGGGAUGAGUGCAAGUGGGCUGGAAAAGAUGUUCUGAAAGAAUGUGCUAACUUCAUCAAAGUGCUUAAAGCUUAUAACCAGACUCAUUUGUAUGUUUGUGGAACUGGAGCUUUUCAUCCCAUGUGCACAUACAUUGAAGUUGGAGGACAUCCUGAGGACAACAUUUUCAAGCUGGAAGAUUCACAUUUUGAAAAUGGCAGAGGAAAAAGUCCUUAUGACCCCAAACUUCUGACAGCUUCUCUUUUAAUAGAUGGUGAGCUUUAUUCAGGAACAGCAGCAGACUUUAUGGGGAGAGAUUUCGCUAUUUUCCGCACUCUGGGGCACCACCACCCAAUCCGGACUGAGCAGCAUGAUUCCCGAUGGCUUAAUGAUCCCAGGUUUAUAAGUGCUCAUCUGAUCCCUGAAAGUGACAACCCAGAAGAUGACAAGAUAUAUUUUUUCUUCCGUGAAAAUGCAAUUGAUGGGGAGCAUUCUGGAAAAGCCACGCAUGCCAGAAUAGGACAGAUCUGUAAGAAUGACUUUGGUGGACAUAGAAGCCUUGUCAACAAGUGGACAACUUUUUUGAAAGCACGAUUAAUGUGUUCUGUGCCGGGACCUAACGGCAUAGACACUCAUUUCGAUGAACUCCAGGAUGUGUUUCUAAUGAACUCAAAAGAUCCUAAAAAUCCAAUAAUCUAUGCAGUGUUUACAACUUCCAGCAACAUCUUCAAAGGGUCAGCUGUUUGUAUGUAUAGCAUGACUGAUGUGAGACGGGUGUUCCUGGGUCCAUAUGCUCACAGAGAUGGUCCCAACUAUCAGUGGGUCCCAUUCCAAGGAAGAGUGCCGUACCCACGGCCAGGAACUUGUCCGAGUAAGACAUUUGGAGGCUUUGACUCAACCAAGGACCUACCUGAUGAAGUCAUCACAUUUGCAAGAAGCCACCCAGCCAUGUACAACCCUGUAUUUCCUAUUAAUAAUCGGCCCAUUAUGAUCAAGACAGAUUUGGAUUAUCAAUUCACACAAAUUGUAGUGGAUCGAGUAGAUGCAGAAGAUGGCCAGUAUGAUGUCAUGUUCAUUGGAACAGAUAUUGGGACAGUUUUGAAAGUAGUUUCUAUUCCAAAGGAAACCUGGCAUGAUUUGGAGGAAGUUUUACUGGAAGAAAUCACAGUCUUUCGGGAACCCACAGUUAUUUCAGCCAUGAAGAUUUCCACGAAGCAGCAACAGCUCUACAUUGGCUCAGCUGUUGGAGUUUCCCAGCUUCCUUUGCAUCGCUGUGAUGUAUAUGGGAAAGCUUGUGCUGAGUGUUGCCUUGCUAGAGACCCAUAUUGUGCUUGGGAUGGUGCUUCUUGCUCUCGCUACUUCCCCACUGCUAAGAGGCGCACUAGACGACAGGAUAUCCGAAAUGGAGACCCUCUUACUCAUUGCUCAGACCUACAGCAUCCUGAUAAUCCAAGUGGAACUGGGCUUGAGGAAAAGAUUAUCUAUGGUGUAGAGAACAGCAGUACGUUCCUAGAGUGCAGUCCAAAAUCUCAACGUGCUCUAGUUUACUGGCAGUUUCAGAAGCAAAAUGAUGAGCGAAAAGAAGAGAUUAAAGUAGAUGAUCGUUUAAUUCGGACAGAGCAAGGUCUUCUGCUACGGAGUUUGCAACGGAAGGAUUCAGGACUUUAUUUCUGUUAUGCUGUGGAGCAUGGCUUCAUGCAAACACUCCUCAAGGUGACCUUGGAGAUCAUAGAUACGGAACACCUCGAAGAACUUCUUCAUAAAGAAGAAGAAGGUGAUAGUUCCAAGAUCAAAGAGGCUUCCAAUAGCAUGACUCCCAUCCAAAAAGUGUGGUAUAGAGACUUCAUGCAGCUCAUCAAUCAUCCCAACCUAAAUACAAUGGAUGAAUUCUGUGAGCAGGUGUGGAAACGGGACCGCAAACAACGCCGACAAAGACCUGCUAAUGCCCAAGUAAACACAAACAAGUGGAAGCAUCUACAAGAAAAUAAGAAAGGUAGGAAUAGAAGGACCCAUGAGUUUGAGAGGGCACCACGAAGUGUCUGAGCGACAAUUACCUCCAAAAGCCAUUUCUCCAAGUAGAAACUUGCAUAACUGGAAAUGAGAUGCAAUAUAGAUGAACAUUUUCUAUGGCAUUUAUGUGGAUGUUUACAAAGAGCUGGGAAGCUUAAAUGAUUUCCACUUGGUUGAAAAUGUACCCAGUUUGCUGAAAAGUUCCCCACUAGGCUUGUCUCAUUGACCCCUGACAUUUCUGGAACGUAAGCUCACUCUGAAAGUAACAUAUUGUUUCAUGGUUCUGCAAUGAGAUGAACUUGGCAUUACCCUUUAGACUGAAGUAGAGGAGUGUCAUCUGUUAUGCUGCCAUUUUGAAAAGGAAUUAAAAGGGGAGGAGAAAAAAAUGCUCUCAGGAGCUCUGUGACUUUUCUUGAACUUGACUAAAAAAACUGCAUGGAUUUUGGGAAGCUGAUGAAUGGAACCUUCACCUUCGGUUGUAUGCAAGACUUUUACACCCUUUUUGCCUACUAGUUCUCUUGUUUAUAUAUGUACUGGACGAAUGAAAUUAAUACUGUAUGCAAUUACUUAUUAGAGUCAUAUGGACAUCGACCAUUAAUUAUCUGAAGCUGUGGCAACAGCAAAUGGAUUACUCUGACCCUACUACUGAUGGCUUCCCUAACGUUUGACCUAAAGAUGUAUUUUAUUAAACAACUAUUUAAAUAUACCACACCAAUAUGCAGUCAAAGUUAGCUCUUUUGGAAAAAAAAAGAUAGAAUAGGCUUUUUGUCUGAUAAUAUUCUGAUAUUCUAAUUGUUUUUUUUAAUAGGAAAAAAGCUUCAAGUUUUCUGUUGCUCAGUUUUGAUUCUUUGUUUAUGAAAUUGAUUCAAACAAUAAGCAAACUCAACUCAACUGCAGGUGAUUUAUAUCAUAAGUAACUUUUAUCUAACUUCUUAGCAGACCUAUUCUGGCAAGGAUUUUUA